AAGAAAGAAAAAAGAUCCCCUCAGGCUUGUUGGCGCGCCAAGUGCCCAAGCGGCAGGUCUGCGUAGCCCACCGCCGAGAGCCGCUCGCUGCUGCCUUGAGGGGCGGGGCGGGCGGGAGAGAGCGACGUCCCCACACGCCUUGUGGCAACUCCGGGCUCUCUCUGAGGGAAACGGAUCCCCGCGGAGCCCUUCCUUUGGGAGCCAGGCGAGCCGCUCUCCUUCCCGGCCGAGGGGCGCGAAAGGGGCUGGGGCGCGUGUGACGCACAAGGCAGACCAGUUUGGCCCGGAGGGGGGUCUAAAAUAAACACAGCAAGUACACACGUGUUAAGGGGGGCGGGGAGAGAGGCGGAGGGAAAGGAGCGAGCGAUUCCUCCCUGCCUUCCGGGCGAGCGAGCGAGUCUCGAUUCAGGGGAGACGCCGCCGAGCCGAGGUGGCCGGCCGCCUGCUUCAUUCGAAGGCUGCGCUGAGGCGAGGGAGACCAUUAAGCGCGGAGAGAUAGAAACGCCGACGUUCUCGGACGGCCAUCUCGCCAGCCCGCUUUAAAAGGGAGAGAGGGAGAGAAGAGGCAACCGGGCGCCGCCACCUCACGCUCCUCCUCCUCUGGGCUCGGGGGCUGGUGCUGCCCGCCGCCGCCGCCGUCGGAAGGCCCAGGCGAAGUCCCUGCUCGCGGCCCGCCUGCAGCAGCCUCGCGGGCCGGAGACUAUGCCAGUGCCCGCCUCGCGUCCGCCUCGCCACACUUGCCGCUGCGAUGAAGGAGAAGUCCAAGAACGCCGCCAAGACGCGUCGCGAGAAGGAGAACGGCGAGUUCUACGAGCUGGCCAAGCUGCUGCCUCUGCCGUCGGCGAUCACGUCGCAGCUCGACAAGGCGUCCAUCAUCCGCCUCACCACCAGCUACCUCAAGAUGAGAGCCGUCUUCCCCGAAGGUCUGGGAGACGCCUGGGGCCAGCCGAGCAGAUUAGGCCCCUUGGAUAAUGUCGCGAAGGAGCUGGGCUCGCAUUUGCUUCAGACUCUGGAUGGGUUUGUUUUUGUGGUAGCAUCUGAUGGCAAAAUAAUGUAUAUCUCAGAAACUGCUUCUGUUCAUCUAGGUUUAUCACAGGUGGAACUCACCGGUAAUAGCAUUUAUGAGUAUAUACAUCCAUCAGACCAUGAUGAAAUGACAGCGGUUCUAACAGCUCACCAGCCUCUUCAUCCUCAUCUCUUACAAGAGUAUGAAAUAGAGAGAUCUUUUUUUCUGCGAAUGAAGUGUGUUUUGGCCAAACGGAAUGCAGGACUAACAUGUAGUGGUUACAAGGUGAUCCACUGCAGUGGCUAUUUGAAGAUACGUCAGUACAUGUUGGAUAUGUCUUUGUAUGAUACCUGUUACCAAAUUGUGGGGCUGGUUGCUGUAGGUCAAUCAUUACCUCCGAGUGCAAUCACUGAGAUCAAACUCCAUAGUAACAUGUUUAUGUUCAGAGCAAGCCUAGAUCUAAAACUGAUAUUUCUAGAUUCAAGAGUGACUGAAUUAACUGGAUAUGAGCCACAGGACCUGAUAGAGAAAACUCUCUACCACCAUGUGCAUGGAUGUGAUGUAUUUCAUUUACGAUAUGCUCACCAUCUUUUGUUGGUGAAAGGACAAGUCACAACCAAGUACUAUCGGUUGCUGUCAAAGAACAGUGGCUGGGUUUGGGUCCAGAGCUAUGCCACCAUUGUACACAACAGCCGCUCAUCACGACCUCACUGCAUAGUGAGUGUUAAUUAUGUCCUAACAGAUAUAGAAUAUAAGGAACUCCCAUUAUCAUUGGACCAGGUCACCAUUUCUAAAUCACAGUUUCCAUGCAGAAACUCAGCGUCUACCUCACAAGAAACAAGAAAAGCAACAAAACCUAGAAGUAAUAAAAUGAAGACAAAACUCAGAACAACGCCAUAUCCACAACAGCAAUACAGCUCCUUCCAGACAGACAAACUGGAAUGUGGCCAGGUUGGAAGCUGGAGAUCCAACUCCACAGCAAAUUCUGCCACCAUCCAAGAACAAGCCUUCCAUUCAGAAAACAGCGAACUUCUAUACACCCCAUCGUACAGCUUACCUUUCUCUUACCAUUAUGGACACUUCCCUGUAGACCCUCAUGUAUUCAGUAGCAAAAAACAAAUGCUGCCUUCUAAAUUUGGGCAAUCUCAAGGAACACCUUGCGAAGUAGCUCGAUUUUUCUUAAGUACUUUGCAGACAAGUGGAGAGUGCCAGUGGCACUAUGCCAAUUCUCUUGUUCCAGGAGGCAGUCAGUCACCAUCGAAAAGUCCUUCUGAUCAGUCAGCAAGCAGCGUACGCCAUAAUCUCUUACAGAGUUAUGAAGUGCCACUACCAAACAGAAGAUAUAGCCAAGACAGUACAUCUGACAGCUUUGCAAGCUGUGGCACCCUAGCAGGAAAUAGCAGAUACAAAGAAGAGAGCUAUGAUUCCACCAUUAUAAAGCACAGCAACAAAAUGGAAAGCCGAAUAUAUCCAGCACAUCAUCAUCAUCUCAUUAAAGAAGAAAAUAAGCUAGUUUUCAAUAGAGGUGUACAAGAAAAAAACAACUUAAGUGAAAAGCCCUUUUCGAACUCCUUAGCCAACUCUUUUUUGUCAAAAUCUGAAUGUUUCCAAACUAAAUCUAUUGGACAAUUAAAUCACCUUCUCCCAGUUCCAACAGUAUAUGAACAAACAAGAAGAAUUUGUAUGAAAGAACCAAAAUUUGAGCACAUUGCCCAUCAUGCUGCAAAUCUAGGUGAGCUGGAACCUGAUGACAGAAUGACCGGAAAGUUUGAUCAUGACUCUGAAAACGAUCACACUGUGGAUGUUAGGCAUGCAGGGCAAGUUCCAUUUGUACUUCUCAACUACCAUCGGGUUUUAGCCAAACAUGGCACAUUUCAAACUUCUUCGUGUACUGCCACAGGACACGUAGCAGAGAAUUAUGGACACAGUUCUGAGGAAGUAAAUAUGUUUUACAAAAACCAAAGUCCUUCAUCAGCCUCUUCCCCUGAGGCUCACAAGGAGCCUGCACUUCCCCAUUAUAUUGGAACGUCUGUAAUAAUAGCCAAUGGAAGGUGACAGUAAUAGAAAUCUGUGGUUUAUAAAAUAAAUAAAUAAACUGGAAUAGUUCCCCUGAAGCAUGAGGAUACAUGGUUGCACUUAGUGAGCAUGGUUUAAAAUCAGUGGGACAAACUUGCAUGCAUUCUUGGCAAGCCAUGUGUAACAGUACCUUUAAGGUGAAGGGGAAAAAAUUACCGGUAGCUUCAGUACUUUGUUGUUCCAGAUUAAUCUCUGCAGUUGACUCUGCUAGUAAGAAGCCAUGUAACAGAUCAUAUUUUUGUUAUUUUUACAGUAUAUAAGUUAAAUUAUAAGAGUUUAUGUGCUGAUACAUAGAGUGACUUUGUUUUCUUAAAAAAUACAAUCCCUCAAUUAUUUGAAAGUUAUAGAUCACUUAACAAAUGGAGAGUCUGGUAGGAGACAGUAAUUACCGGUUAUUUGUGAUAGUCUCUGUUUAACUGCCGUCAAAUGCAUUACCUUGGGGACAUGCAUUUAGGAUUUCAAUCCCUGAAAUUAAACCAUUUUUUUUUUAUUCAUGUGGCUUGGAUAUAUAUUACUCAAGGCAGUAUAGAAUUGCCAGGCUGCAUGGCUACUAUGCAUCUUUAGAAAAUGAAAAUCUACUUGCCCAAUAAGCUUGGAGAUAACUACCAAAGAGCUGGUGAUUGUUACACUGUGUGUGUGGGGGGGGGAAAUCAAAUCAUCUAUUUGAAAACGAAAGACAAAGGUUUUCACUGUUUCAAAUACACUUUCCAUUUAGAAUAUAUCCAAAACUGUAUUUGUUGCCAGCCAAAGAGGAGUGAAGUUGCAUUCUCUUCAUUUUGCUCUGUCAACGAGACUUCAAAUCUUUUCUGUUUGGUGGGCUUAUGUUUUUAGCCCAGCCAGUUUUAGCAACUUUUAUGGUUAAGAUAUGAUAAAAUACAUUCACCAACUGCACUAAUGAUUAGAUGAGAAUUCUCAGGCACUUACAUUUUAUUUUGCAUUUUUCGUAGAGCACGUAGUAUAUUCAUCUUUGGCUUUGUAAUGUUUAAUCUGGAAGGUGAGGCAACCCAAGUACCUGCAAAGAUUUAAUACGAUAAAUAUAUAGCUCUCCUGUGUUCCAGUUUUCUGUGGGUGCUUUAAUAAAAUCAUAAGCAAUAGCACAAAAGGAUACACAUGCAAAGUUGUUCGUGCUAUCCAGUUAAAUGGGGGAAGCUCUUGUGUACAUGUGGUGGGUGUGUAUACACGUGAAGGUUGUUUUGCACACUAGGAGUUACUAGAAUGUGGUUGUCAUUUCAACAUAACUAAUAAACCAUUUAUCAUCUUACUCUAUCACAGAACAGAAGGCACCCUAAUAUGUAAAAAGCUUAUGUAUAAAAAUGGUUGGCAUUAAAGAACAUUAACACUGGA